AUGCUCUAUUAUUAUAUUUUAAUUAUUAAUCUAACUCUAUUAGUUAAUUCAUAUAUAUUCAAAUAUGAGACAAGUUGUAAUUCAUUUGAAUUUAAGGAUCUAGAAAAUCUAAUUGGUUCUUUACAUAGAUAUGCACUUGAUAAUGGUCAACUAAUUGUACGUGAUAUAGGUUUGACUAUUGGACAACGAAAAUUAUUGAAAAGAUAUCAAAAUAUUGAAAUAAUUUCAGCGAAAUAUAAACAAAAAGAAAACAUUCCAAUGAUAAAUGUUAAACAUGAAUUUUUUCCUAUAAAUGAAACUCUUUUUAGUCGUUAUAAUAAUGGUAAAUAUAAUUAUAUUGAUUCCAUUCGAAAACGAUUUUAUCUUGCUAUUGUUAUUCCAUUUAUUCAAAGUCAAUUUAAUAAAUUAAUUGAUCAAUUAAAUUUUGAAAAAAUUUAUUCACCAUGUCGAAAUCAAUCAAAUUCUAUUGAUUUAAUAUUAUAUCAUAAUGAAAAAAUAUCAUCAAUAUUAGAUAAUAAAACUCGUCAAAUUCAUUAUCAAAAUAAAUGUUUUAAAAAUAUUCGAAUUUUUGCUGCAGACUUAUCGGAAAAUGAAAAUUCAUAUCCAAUUGGUAGUGCUAUUAUGUGGAAAAAAUUAUUAAUCAAUGAACAAUUUAGCCGUACUUCAUUACGUUAUUAUGGUUAUACACAUUUUUUUCUUAUGGAACCAGAUACACGACCAAUUCGGUCAUAUUGGUUGGAUAUAAUUGUUGAAGAAAUAAUUAAUGGUCAUGAUAGAGAAUCGUAUAUUUCAACACAAUGGUGGAUGAUCGGAUCGCUUUAUCGUGGUUUCCAAUCACUUGGACAAAAUUAUCUUCAUAUAAAUGGAAAUGCAUUGUAUCAUUUAUCAUUAAGUUUUAUUCUAUUUCUUCAAUAUGUUUCAUAUGAAUAUCCAUAUGAUUCGAAACAAUCAAGUGGUUAUGAUCUUGAUUUAUUUUUAUAUCUAUUUAAACAUAUAGAUAAAGGAAAAAAAUUUUGGCAUAAAUUUCAAUUUUCAGAUUUUAUUCAAAAUUGUUGGCAUACAGGUUGUAAUGAAAUGAAUGAAGAAUUUUUAUAUAAUAAUCCUAAUACAUAUCUUAUUCAUGGUAAUAAAAUUCAAGAGAUAUAUUUUAAAAGUUUACCUAUAAAUUUGUCGAUGAUGAAAAUAUUAAUAUAUAUUUUAUUUUUAUUAAUUAUUGUAAAAAGAUUUAAAUAUAUUUGUUGGAAUUUUUUUAUACACGAAAUUGUUUAUUAUCUAUUAUUUUUAAAUAAACAAAAAUAA